CCGAGGGAACCCACCAUAUGGUCGCCCCUCUGUGCUCCUAUCUCAGAUAGCACAAUAGCCACCGGCGGAAAUAUCUGCCCUUUCGUAAAAAGAUCCUGCGACAUGAUGCUGAAACUCGGUCUACUAUUAGCAUGUUUGAUGCCCAUAAGUCUUUGUCAGAACAAAGACCUGGACAUGUUUGGGUUGAUCAAUAUGCUGUAUUUAAAAGCUGACAAGAACCUCGAUGGCACCAUUACACAGACCGAGCUUGAUGACAUAUUCAAGGGGUUCGAUGCUAAUGGUGACGGCAAAGUAACGCCUGCUGAAUUUGUACCCACGUGGAUGGUCAUCACCCACUUCUCGAAGGAGCUGGCCAACGCUUACUUCCUCCUUGCUGACCUUAACGCUGACGGUGUCAUCAACCACAAGGACCUCACCAUACUCUAUAGCAGAUUCGACAUCGAUGGAAAUGGCAAGGUUUCUGGUGAAGAAUUUAAUCACAAGUGGCAAGACAUUUACAAGGAGUCCGCCUUCGCCGUUCUGUUCACACGCGCUGACGCCGACAAGAACGAACACUUGUCUAAAGCUGAAUUUACCAAUCUCUUUGAGCCCUUCGACUCUGACAAGGACAAUGCUGUGACGAGGUCAGAGUUCGAGGCCGGGUGGACCAAGGAGAACUUCGGAAACAAGGCCCAGGCAGACACACUGUUCCGUAAUCUUGACAGUAACCAUGACAACAAGAUCACCAGCGUCGACACCAACCGUCUCUAUAUGACGUAUAACGCGAACCACGACGACCACUUGGAUCUCAUUGAACUGUCAAAGAUCAGUCUUCUCGUCGGUCACAUUUAGAGUCUUCAAUGCAACCCUAAGAGAACGAAUUCUUAAAGUAUAUCCGGAACGAAUAAGUAAAGAAUAACACCCUU